AAAUGUCACAGAUCACAUAGAAUUCAUAGAAAACGCAAGUCGUAUUAUACAGGACGUCCAAUCUCACGUGUUUAUUUCAAUGUCACAGUCGAAUAUCAAAUGUCCAGUUACUCAAUAAUUUUAUUGUGACAAAUUGACAGCAGAAUCAAUCAGCGAGGUUGUCCUGCUACAUAUACAUACUGAUAAAUGUAUUGAUAAAUAAUCACAAUAAUAUAUAGUAAAUAACGGUGAAUGGAAAUUCAGAACAUAUUAUCUCAGGAAUCGAUAACAUGACGUCAAACUAUGGAUAUAUUAAAAUCCUUCCUGGACAAUUGAAAUUACUCACAAUCACACUGGCAGGGAUUAUUAUGGCCAUGAGCUACUCGGCCUAUUUUCUCUCGGAUUACACCCACAAUCGAGACCAGCAUCGGGACAAAUUUACGGACAAUGAGCUACGAAGUUUGUGGCGUGAGCUGUAUUUGAUGGGAGUUAGCACAGUUUGCUUUAUUCUUUCCAGUCUGAACCUCUGGCUGUAUUGUCACAGCGUCGAAUUUUACUGGAAAACAAGGAAUGCGAUUUACGACUUUCUCUAUCACUCUUUUGCGGCCUUGCUCCUGGCGACAUCUGGAAUAUUGUUCAUUGUUUCAGGAGUAAAAAUUUUUCAAUUUAACUGCACUGGUGAAAAUGGAUGCCAAUUAUUCGAACUUAAGUUGGGGGCAGGGGGUUUGGCGAUGUUGACCUCUGUCAUAUUCGGUGCUGUGGGGUCGGUCAUUCUGACAAACCGGAAGGAUGUCGAGAGAGAGGCACUGAUGGCUGAUAAAAAAUCCAACUCGAUAUAAAAAUGGCAGUACAAAAUUAUCGGUUCGUGUUGUUUGUGAUGACCCAAUUUGUGUUUAUUUCUGAUACAAACUUGACAAAAUUUAAAGAAAGUAUUAGUUAAAGUUAUCAACGUAUUGUAGAAAGUGACAAAAGUGUGUACGAACAAGUUAUGAAUGCAACAUGCUUUAAAUAUUAAUUCAACCAGAUUAUACUCAUUAUUAAGUAGUGUCUUAAAUAUGUACAUAGUUGAUAUGUUAUGCAAAAUUAUUUUAUCAAUGUCCAUUAACUCUAUUCUUCAGGUUAAAAGUUUCAAUUAUCUAUGAUGAGACUGAUGAGAGGUUGGAAAUGAUUUAUUUAAUAAACUAAUGCUCCAUAAUCCAA